AUCUGUUGCCAGGUGGGCAUUAUUUUCCAUUCCACUAGUGAUUGUUCCCAUCGUAGUAACGCAGCAUCAGGCAGUGUUUCUGCGCAAAUGGUUACUAUAAUAGGGUCCCACGAUUCUGUGGAUACAUUUUGUGUUUUUAACACUGAUAGACAAUUUGUCACUGUGGAGUGUAAGUUUUGAAAUUCCUGGCUAGUUUCUUGUUGUAUUUUUGGCAAAUGCAAUAAAGUUUUUAUUGGGUUUUCUAUCAUAACCCUUUCAUUUUCGUACCUUUCAACAAGUGCUUUCCAAGCCAGUUUAAAAUGUUCGUCAUUUAAAGCAAAUUGCUUGACGAUACUGCCUGCUUCCCCUUUUGUUUUAUACCUGAGAUGGUAUAGCUUUUGUGCUUGUGAAAGUUUAGGAUGGUUUAUAUAAACAGCAGUGAACAUGUCCCGGAAGGACGGCCACUGGUCAUAACAUCUAUUGAAAACUUCAGUAUCACAAGCUGGUACCUUUAGGUACAUGCCUUUAUCUAGGUCUUCUUUUUGUGUUGUAACUACUCUGGGAGGGGGAGUAGUGGCUCUACUUGGCCUUACUAAACUUAUUUGUUCAGUUAUCAUUCCCUUUGUCAACUCGUACUGAUCUCAGCAGUUAUCACACUUGGCUGUCGCCGAAGCUUUUGUGUUUUCUGAGAGUUCUGCGUCGUCAGUAUCUAGUGCUGUAUCGUACGCUGCCAGAAGCCGUGCCCAUUAGACCUGGCGCAGCUUAUAUGAGAUUUUUUUUUUUUGGAAUUUUAAGUACCGGGAUUGGUCAAAUAUGCGAUUCGAUGUAAUAAUUCAUGUGGUAAAUUUUUAACUCGAUCAGAGUGUGCCAACCUGUGCCAUAAUGAGGUCAAAGGUCAAAAUAUAGAAAAACACUUGGUUUUUUUACUGUUAUCUGUUUAUUUAUUAUAUAUAGAAUGUAAUGACCUCAUUUUUUCUCAAUAUUUUGCACAAUAAUUUUUUCUAUAUGUCCAAUGAUAAGAAAAUUUAUAAAUAUUAGAAAAGAGUAAAUUAGUAAAAAUUCCAUUGAACUGAGGCGGGCCACUGCCUACACAAAUUAUCUGCACAAUACUGUUGUUGGAAUUGAGUGGAAUUGCGUUCACUGAGUUCACAACAACAAAUUACUCGAAUGUAAUGUAGUCAGUGGCCCGCCUAACGGUAAAUUCAUACAUUACGGUUCACAUACGCCAAUGUUGAUAAUUAGACAGACUGAGACGUGCAAAUAGAGCUUUUAAUAUUUUGUCAUUGCAAAAUUGACUGUGGUUAAGAAAGGGUCUUUAUUAAAAUAAUUAAAAAUAGUAAAAGUUAUACUGCAAUAUGGUGAUGGCUGUAAAUAAUUUUGUUACACUUAGAUCUGCUGACGCAAACGUAUAUUUGAUAGGAAAAUGUGAAAAAAAUAUACUUGGAAGCAAGUUAUCGUCAAAACUACAAGUGCUUAAAUGUUUUUUUUACUAUGUGCGGUGUGAAAAGAAAACAAUUAAGAAAAGUGCUAAAUUGGCUUCGAAGGAAAUAUUGCCUUUUUGGGAAAGAGCACGUAUUCCAACGUUAAACAAAAGAACUUGUGACGAUAAAUUGGUGAAAUUAUAUGAUGAGUGGAGAACAGUACAGAAAUUUUGUACAUCUUCGUUUCCUAGUUCUCGUAAAAAGGAAAAUGAUUUCAAUGAUAAUUUGAACAAUUUAUUCGAUAUUGCACAUGCUGAUGCUUUAGAAAUGAUAGCUAUUCCUAAGGACCGAGACUUUUUAAUUAAACAAAGAGAGCCAGGUCGUGUUGAGAGCAUGAUUUCUAUAGAUCAAUGUCUCGCAAAUAAAGAAAAACGGAAGGCGCAAAGGUUAGAAGAAGAAAAUCGACGCAAAGCAAAGUAUCAAAGAUUGGAAAGCACUCAAGGUAUUUAUUUAAUUCUGCUGAAACAAAUAAUAUGUAAGUUUCUCUUUCAACUUCUUUUUUUUUAGAGUUGAGUUUAGACUAUGAUGUAAGUGACGAAAGUAAAUGUGAGUCUGAAAAAUCUGUAGAACAGUUGAGGAUCGUAUCAAACACCAACGAGCUGAAAAAAAACGUGGUAAAAAAAGCUUCAUAGAUGAUAGAAUGCAUGCUUGCAUGGAUGCUGGCAAUAUGUCAACCCCACUCGCAAUUCAUUUUAUUAUUGCAACAGCUAAAGCUUUGGGUCACAAUAUUGAAGAUCGGGUUAUUAAUUGUACAAGUUUGAGAAAACAGCGCAAGGAAUAUCGUCGGCGUCAUGGUACAGAAAUUAUUGAGAAUUUCAAGAUCCCUGAUACAUUUGUGUUACACUGGGACGGUAAACUACUUCCUGCAAUGACUGGAAAGGAAAAAGUAGAACGCCUAGCUAUUGUUUUAACGGCAGAUAAUAUAGAAAAAUUAAUUUCCAUCCCAAUUAUUGGAUGUGGAACUGGUGAAGCAAUCGCCCAGUCCAUAUAUAAUUACUUAGAAAAAAUGAAUAUGAUAAAUUCGGUGGAAAUGGUAUGCUUUGACACGACAGCUACAAACACUGGUAAACGUAACGGGGCUGGAAUGUUGCUGGAACAAAAAUUGAAACGUAGCUUGUUGUGGUUGCCAUGCAGGCAUCAUAUUGCAGAAAUCAUACUACGAGCUGUAUUUGAAAUAUAUUUUGGAAAAUCUUGUGGCCCGGAAGCUGCCAUAUUUGAACGUUUUUCGCGGGAAUGGAACACUUUCAAUUUAAAAGAUUUUUCAAUUGGUAUCAUGGAUGAAGAAGUGCGACGUGCUAUAAAUGCAGAGGAAUGUGAUUACAAAGAGCUAUUGCAACUCAUGUUUAUUUUCUUAGGUGGCAGCAUUCCGAACUUUUCCUUUCGUGCACCUGGCGCGACGUCACAUGCCAGGUUUAUGUCAAAAGCGAUAUAUGCCUUAAAAAUGUUUGCUUUGCAAAAACAAUUUAAAAUGUCUUCCAGCCAUUUGAAUGGAUUCCGCAAUGUGUGUAUUUUCCUGGUGCAUCUUUAUAUUUCGUAUUGGUUUCGAUCUACUAAUGCAGUCGAAGCACCAAAUUUGGAUUUGCAGCUGAUAAAAAACAUUGCCGGUUAUUACGACCCAAAAAUAUCUCUAGCCUUAUUAGAUAAAAUGAAAAACCACUUAUGGUAUCUGUCCGAGGAAGCCGUUGGUCUCGCCUUUUUCGAUUCUAAUGUGGACUUAAAUGUGAAAAGAAAGAUGGUUGAAGCACUAGCAUUAGAAAAAGAGUUUGAAAGCAAUGACGACAAUGGCGUUUAUCUGCGUAAAAAUGUAAAUGCCAGCAUUGAAGAAAUGAAAGCAUUCAUAAGUAAAGAUUUAAGUUGUUUUGUAACGCAAAGAACUAGAAAUAUCUUUUCACGAUUGGAAAUAGACGUAAAAUUUUUCAACUUAGAUCCUUCAAACUGGUGCGAAAAUGCAGAAUAUUUAAAAGGUGUUCAAAUCCUCAAAAACGUCACUGCUGUUAAUGAUUCUGCUGAGAGGAAAGUAAAACUAAUAACAGAUUUUAACCGGUCUUUAACUCAUAGCGAAGAAGAUAAACAAUACUUGCUUCAUAUUGUCGAGAACUACAGGCAAAAGUUCCUUCAUAUACUAAAACUUCGCUUUUGUAAUAUUCUUGAGACAUAUAUUAAUGAUUGAAAUGCAAAUUGUGGAAAAAUUGCGUCAUUUUAUUUUUUCUUUAAUAAAUAAACAAAUAACAGUAAAAAAACCAAGAGUUUUUCUAUAUUUUGAACUUUGACUUCAUUAUGGCACAGGUUGGCACACUCUGAUUGAGUUAAAAAUUUACCACAUGAAUUAUUACAUCGAAUCGCAUAUUUGACCAAUCCCCGUUCUCAAAAUUCCAAAAAAAAAAAAUAACGCCAGGUCUAGUGCCCAUAGGUUGUUAACACUUUCUAAUUUUAUAUUUAAAACUGAUUCCGUAAUGUCAGUAAUAGGGGAAGCUUGAAACCGUGUGCAAUAUCUUAUAAAGCUACAUAUCACUUUCAGUGAUAAAUUUCGAUAUUAUAUGAUCUUUUGAUCUCUUUUGCUUUGUUUUUUGAUAAAUACCGAAAACCGAAAACUCUUUUAAGUAAAUAAGAG